AGCACACUACCUUCAGCUACAUGUCGUGCGUUGCUGUCCUGCCGCCCCCGCCCGCGUCGUUCGAUCCGUUCCACUCCGCUCGGAAACGUACCCACUCGUUCUCGAUGCCCAAACCGGCCAAGUCGGCUCGCACCCUCCAACGGACGGUGUCCUUCAUCGAGCUUUCGGACGCGUUCGAUGAUAACUCGGACCCCGAAUUCGCCUUCCCCUCCAUCCCCGCCACCCGCGCCGAAUCCUCCUCCGCGCGUUCUCUGCGGGCGUACAAGGAGGCCCGUGCAAGACGCUACGUCCAGGAUUUCAAGACCGAGGAGAUGCUCUCCCUUUCAUCCGCGUCCCUCGCUGCACUAUUCGACGAACUGGGCCCAAGUUCCGUGAUCACCUUCAAACCUAAGCCGCGCCCACCGCUCUUCUACAGCUCCUUCCGGCACAGGACCUCCUCCCCGCUCUCCCCCGUCCAGAAGCUGCUCCCUGCGCGCCCUGUCUUCCCGCGCUCCAAGCCCGACUCGGAGGCGGAUUUGCACCGGCGCGCGAUCGUCGCGCGGAUGCGAUGUUCGCCGGAGGGCCAGAAGAUCCUCAUGAUGGGCGCCAGGGUGGCGAUCUCGAUGAUGAGCGCGACAAGGGAGCUCGAAGCACUCGUCGCCGCGCGGGAAGGGUCCGAGGGCCACGACGCACCGACGAAGGACUCUCGGACACCGGUCGGCCAGCCGGAGGAGGAUUGGGAGUUGAUCGACUCAUGAACGCGCUCCGAGGGAACCUGGACCUCGACCGACCCGCCUGCCACCGUUCGGUGGGGUCGGGGGCCCCCCGCAUUCCGUGGUCGCCCUUGUUUCAUUUCACUUCUUUCCCUGGCUCCACGCCGCAGACGAAUUGGUUUCAACCACGCAUCGGAUCUAAAGCUGCAAUGUCUCAGGGACUGCUUAUAUAUGGUCGUGUUAUGGAGCACAUAUGUAUACUCAUCAACAUUAUUCUGUACAAUCAUCUGUCGGUAGUAUAGCGACUUACGUCGAUGAAUCAAC